AUGAGGGUAACACCCGGACUGUGCCAUCGGCACAAGGGACAGAAAAUCUCUGGCAGUUGUUCAGAUGAUCGAAGCCUGGACACGGAAGGAAGUGGACAUAGCUGUGGAAGCAAGGAAGAAAGCUUUGAUUCGUCCGAUUCGGACUCCCCUGAUUCUCCAAUUACACCAAAUGAGAACAAUAUACGCGCAGAUCCAAAUGCUACCGCCGAGUCAUCCUCAGAGAAACCGAAAUGGUCGGAAUAUGAAGCUAUGAAGAAGAUCGAGAACUUGCAGAAAACUAUGGCGGAGCUUACUGAAAGGUUGAGUACAUACGAGCGGCCAGGUACCAGCACACUUCCCGAUGUCGAUAAAAGCUGGGGUAUUUCUCAGGAUUACGAUCGGUCAACCGGCAACACGAACAUUGUGAGAUGGGAUCAUAUUACACCCUUCCCAAGCGGUGUUCCCGCUUGCAAAAUGUGGGAAGAAUGGAACCGUUUUUUACAAAAUUUUGAGAUCGCGGCAUCCUUGGGCAACGUGGUGAAUUCUGCUCAACGUUCAAAAUUGCUGUUCCUCUGUUUGGGUCAAGAACUUCAGGGCAUUGUGCGAGCCGCAAGGCUGCUACCGAAUUUAACAGACCCUAACUGCUAUUCGGUUUUCGUGAACAACGUCCAAGGUUACUUACAAUCGAUGCCGGACACGGCUGCAGAACACGAAGCGUUCGCAGCGAUGAAGCAAGAACCGAAGGAAUCCGCCGUAGCUUUCCACGCUAGAUUGCAGGAGAAAGUUCAGUUAUGCGGAUAUAGUCUUCCAGAUCAAGGACGUUUCGUCAGAGCGCAGCUGUUGAAAGGCCUGCGAAACAGGGACCUCACAAAAACGGCACGGAUUUAUAACUACGACAUCAAUUUCAUCGUCCAAUCCGCGACGAGAGAAGAGGCUUAUAUGGCUGAAACGACACAGCACGCUGGCUCCGAAAUUUCUGCAGUUCAUCGAGGAAAUUGGAAACAGCCGAUGGAGUUGCAACGAAAGCGUAAGAGAAACGACGAACCAGACGAUAGACAUGAGUCAAAGCGAUACCGUGGCCCGGACAAGCGACGCGAAGGACGUAACCAACGUUGCAAACGCUGCAAUCGUCCAUCGCACAGGAGCAGCGCUAACUGUCCGGCACUAAACAAGAACUGCAAUGGGUGCGGCGAGCGUGGACACUUCAUCGCGACAUGCAGGAAACGGCGCGUGAGCAACGUGCAACGUGAGGCGGACAGAGCCAACCCUCCUGGUUGGACUGAUGAAGAAGAAGAAGAAGACAAGAAGAAAAUAAACGCUCUAUCCCUGAAUGAUGUUUUAGUUGAUUGUAGCAUAGGCUCAUCAAGUCCAAUAACGUUCAUGAUUGACUCUGGAGCAGAUGUGAAUGUCAUUGGCGGGAACGACUGGACGCGACUAAAACGAGCAUUCCACGGGGGACAUGCCAAACUCCAUCCGGUACCGGUGCCUUCAGCAAAUGAGCUACACGCAUACGGUUCUAGGAAACCAAUAACCAUCAAUGCAGCAUUCAAAGCCGAGAUUUGUGUUCCCGGAACGAAGAGACCUUCGAUUGAAACAACAUUUUACGUCGCGAACGAAGGUGGACGUUCGUUACUCGGCAGAUCAGCAGCAAGCGACAUGAGUUUGCUUCAUGUAGGAAUCGAUAUCAACAAUUGUGGGGACAAGAUGGACAAACAAGAGUUCCCCAAGGUGCCAGGAAUCAGGAUUAAAUUCAGUGUCGACAAGAAGGUUAGUCCAGUCAAGAACGCCUACUAUAAUGUACCAGCUGCCUUUAGAGAUGGCGCAAGAAAUCGAGUACUGGAUAUGGAAAACCGUGGUAUAAUAGAACGAGUUACAAAAGCGCCAAACUGGAUUAGCGGCAUGUCCGCGGUCGCUAAAGGCAAAGAUGAUUUCCGGUUGGUCGUCAAUAUGAGAGGCCCCAAUAAAGCAAUCAACCGGGAGUACUAUCGUCUGCCGCUACUUGAAGAAAUGAAGGUUAAACUUCAUGGAGCUCGUUACUUCUCGAAGCUGGACCUAAGUAACGCAUAUUACCAUUUGGAGCUGUGCGAAGAGUCACGUGACCUUACCACAUUCCUAACCGAAAUGGGAAUGUUUCGUUUCACACGGUUAAUGUUUGGCGUUAAUUGUGCGCCAGAGAUAUUCCAACGUGAAAUGGUCCGUAUCUUGGAAGGCGUGGAAAAUUUGAUCGUAUACAUUGAUGACAUCCUGAUGUUCGCUGCAACAAUAGAGGAGCUUCACACCACAGUAGCGCAAGUUUUACGAAUCUUAAGAGCUCACAACCUGACUGUAAACGAGAAUAAAUGCGAAUUUGACCGGACUCGCCUCAAGUUCCUAGGCCAUGAACUUGACAAAGAUGGGUUUCACAUCGAAGAAGCUAAAGUGAAAAGCAUCCGAUGUUUUAGCCAAGCCCAUUGUGGUCUGCAACAACCCUGUGGAACUGGGGGCCCCAGCAGAGGAAAGCGUUCAAUUUAG